AUGGCAGCAAUAACACUAAACAGUGGCUUUAAGAUGCCGCUAGUGGGUCUCGGCGUUUGGCGUAUGGACGGCAAAGACGUCAAAAACCUUCUCAUCAACGCCAUCAAAAUCGGCUAUCGUCAUUUUGAUUGUGCUGCUGAGUACAAGAAUGAAGCAGAAGUUGGGGAGGCACUUGCAGAAGCAUUUCAAACAGGGCUUGUUAAGAGGGAGGAUCUUUUCAUUACUUCAAAGCUUUGGAAUUCAGACCAUGGACAUGUUCUUGAGGCCUGCAAAGACAGUAUGAAGAAGCUUCGGUUGGAUUACCUAGAUCUGUACCUUGUUCACUUCCCUAUAGCCACAAGGCACACAGGAGUUGGUUCAUGUGGCAGUGUUAAGGGUGUGGAUGGUGUUCUGGACAUAGACACUACCAUAUCUUUGGAGACUACCUGGCAGGCUAUGGAAGAGCUGGUUUCCAAGGGUUUGGUUCGCAGCAUAGGGAUCAGCAACUUCGACAUUUUCCUAACUAGAGAUUGCUUAGCAUAUUCGAAAGUGAAGCCUGCUGUGAAUCAGAUUGAAACACACCCGUACUUCCAGCGUGAUUGUCUCGUCAAAUUCUGUCAAAAGCAUGGCAUCUUUAUUACAGCCCACACACCUCUAGGAGGUGCUGUGGCUAACACCGAAAUGUUUGGUUCAAAAUCAUGCUUGGAUGAUCCAGUUUUCAAAGAUCUAGCUGAGAAAUACAAAAAGACUGUGGCACAAGUUGUUCUUCGUUGGGGUAUCCAGCGGAACACAGUUGUUAUUCCAAAGACAUCAAAACCGAAUAGGUUGGAGGAGAAUUUCAAGGUUUUUGACUUCGAGCUGAGCAAAGAGGACAUGGACCAGAUUAAAAGCAUAGACCGGAAGUAUCGGACCAAUCAACCAGCCAUAUUUUGGGGCAUAGAUCUGUACGCUUAACUAUGUCCAUGAUUCUGUGUAUGAGGUAUUCUAUUGUUCUGCAGAGAAUAAGUGUGGAAGCAGUGAAACAUCCAUCCUCUUUCAUGGCAUUGGAAAACAUCACAUUGGUCUUUUGCAUAAUUUCCCGUAAGUUCAUUACGUGUGUUAAAACUACAA